AUCAUUUCUAUUCGCGCAUCUGCAGAACACGUGAAGAUGUCGCCAUCAUGCCUUAAGAUUGUUGCAGAACUUGCACACGGAACGUCUAUGAGGGCAGUGACGCAACUUCUAACACCUGCUCUUUUACAUGCACAGGCAAAUGGACGUGAAACCGUGGAGGACGAGGAUAUCAAAGAAAUUGCGGAUCUUUUUGUUGUUAACCGACAUGCUGCCUUUGCUGAAGAACGCUGA